AACAAGCAGCAAGGGAAAAAGAAGAGCAAGAUUGACAUCAGUAGUAAAAAAUAAUAGAACAUCAGUUCUAAAAUUCCCCGCGCAUCAGUACACCUAUUUCUGGUUCUCUAGAUUGGUCUUGGUACAGGAUACAUCUUAAGCUUGGUCUUGGUACAGGAUACAUCUUAAGCUGGAGUUCGUCGCUAAGCAGAUGGAGAUGUGUGUAUGUAUACAUGUGUUAUGGAGAUAGGAGAACUUAUCUGGUGGUGCGUGCGUGCUGCUGCAUCCUCUUCCGGCUGCUCUAAUGCACACCUUCAGUACAACUUCUUUCACCGAGGUGGAGAUUGGGGCACGGUGGAGUGUGACCGUGUGUGUGCAGACGGCCCACCGCAACGUCACCGGCCGGAUCUCGCUCUUCAGUGUACAGCAAGAAGUUCAUGUAUUGAUGCCCCUGGAGUCCAUGUAGCUCUGCUGCCAUGCUACCCUUAUCGGCCUCGGCUAUGUCUAAGGAGCUCCCUUCUGUUCAGUGGAUUCAACAAAAAAAGUCCCUGCUGCCACUGCAUCCUCAGUUCAAGGGAUUCCUUAGGGGCCUUCUACACCAUCUUGCUAAUGAUGCCAUCGCCGGAUGCCACAGCCAUGCUCGUCGUUCUUGUACUGCCAUUCACAUACUGCUCCCUGUUUUACUCCAUUGAGAUCCAUAGAGAUAAGUUAUAUUCAGUUCGCCACUUUUACAAUUGAUGGUCCUAUGUUGACCGAAACAAUAGUUCAAGCUCCUAAAAAAGCAAUUAUGUGUAUGCUACAUCACUUUGAGGAACUACAGUAAACAAAAUAAGGAGAGCUUGGUACUACUUGA